CCUGAUGACGAAACGAAACAAAAAUGUUUGGAAAACUAAUAGACAAACACGUUUUGCUACAAACCUACUCCGCGGUAUCAAAUAAAUUCCACGAUUUAGUUUUAGUUUUUGAAUAAUUGGCUAAAUUUCUGAAUAUGGGUAAAAAAAGGAAGCACCAAAAUGAUGAUGAAAACGAUACAGAGUAUGAUUUGCCGGCUAAACAUAUGAACACGAGUCAUAUACGUUCUAAUGAACGGAGGCUCAUUGUUAUUCUUGAAGGCGCUCAAUUGGAAACUGUAAAGGUUGGUGCAGCGUUUGAGUUACUAAACUGCGAUGAUCACCUCAACAUUUUAAAGAAGUACAAUCGUGAUCCCGGACGGUGUCGCCCAGACAUAACACAUCAGUCUCUGUUGAUGUUGAUGGAUUCACCAUUAAAUCGAGCUGGAUUGCUCCAAGUGUACGUGAAAACCGAGAGAAAUGUUCUGAUUGAAAUCAAUCCACAAACGCGAAUUCCUCGUACGUUCCGGCGCUUUGCCGGGUUGAUGGUUCAAUUGUUGCACAAAUUCAGUAUAAAAGCGAAUGAUUCACCUCAAAAGCUAAUGCGAGUGAUUAAAAAUCCUAUUGUCAACCAUCUUCCUGUCGGAUGUCGAAAAUUUGCAAUGUCUUUCAGUGCGGCAAAAGUACAACAUCCACGCGAGUUAGUUCCUAAACAGGAUGAACCAAUUGCUUUCGCUAUUGGAGCUUUUGCACACGGCAAUCUGAAUUUAGAUUACACGGAGGGCUGUUAUUCUAUCAGCAAUUAUCCCUUGUCUGCAGCACUCACUUGUACAAAACUCUGUUCAGCUUUUGAGGAAGCAUGGGGAGUUAUUUAGUUCUAUUCAUAUGUAUUCAAGGGAAUUGAGUUUACCAAUCAUGAUUUGUAUCGAAAAUAUAUUUCAGGUCUUCAAAACAGCUCAAGAUAAAUACAUUCGUUUUGUGUAUUCAGUUAUUUUCUAAGGGCCCUCAUUCAUUGGACUUGUAUUCUAUUCAAAUUGAAAGAAUAAGCUGUUCCAGCCAAUAAAUGCUACAAAAAUAGAAAUA